AUUUCAGCUCAUGAAUCACCACUUGUUUUCUAUAUGUGUCUAUUAUUAUCUGCACGUCAGACAUUGUGAGUCCACUCUUAUAAAAGGGAAGUUUUCUCCUCAGUGUGCAUCAGUCUCAUCUGAACACGGAUCAGAUUUGUCUUCACCUGGUGAACUCUGAGCUGUUGCGAUGGCCUGCGAAGAAGUCAAGGAAAAAUUCAAAAAGUACGCCGGGGAGGAUGAGCUCUUGAGCGAAGCAGAAUUCAAGAAAAUGGUUGAAAACGAAGUUGGCAACGUGCGCAUCAGGGACAGAGUCCUCAAACAUGCCUCAAAAAUUAUCAAGAAGAGGGAUACGGACGGUGACGGAAAGCUCAGUUUCGAGGAGUUCGAGAACUGCGCCCGUCUGAUGAAACAACUCAAAGACAAGGAGAAGAAGGGCGAGCCUCUUGAGGAUUCAGAGUAAAAACAGAACAUCAAGUGGAAAAGCUUUGAAAAAUCAUAGUGUGUAAAAUAAAAAGACACUGCCAACAAUGUCAACUGUUUUAUCAGUGUUUUCUGUUCAAUCCUGGAAGAGAAUAAAUGUAAACUAUUA